CACGAGCUCGAUUUUCUUCGCGAAAAACGGUGGGGGAUUUUUCGAAAUUUUCGUUGUAAGUGAUGAAAAUGUCAUUUCCGAACGAUCGGGGUCCCUGGGACUCGAAUAAUGGUCCAGAUUACCCGGCCUACCCGCCGGAUAUAAAUGGCUACCCGGCGGCCAUUUGGGAUCCCCAUCAUUGCCUAUCAGCCCAAAAUAGCGCCCUGGGCGGCUACCCGGACAUCCUAUCAGCCUUCAAUUCGGACCUAGUGUGGCAACGCCAGCAAUGCGGCGGUCUGACGGCCAAUCGGCUGAGCAGGGGCGGCUCGUCCGGCGGCAGCCCGCCCGCCAAGAAAACCCGAAGACGGGUGGCCACCCUGGCCCAACGCAGGGCCGCCAACAUCAGAGAAAGGCGACGCAUGUUCAAUUUGAACGAGGCCUUCGACAAGCUCCGGAGAAAGGUGCCGACGUUCGCGUACGAGAAAAGAUUAUCUCGCAUAGAAACUCUGAGAUUGGCGAUAACUUACAUCAGUUUCAUGACUGAAUUGCUGCACGGCCGUCCUCCCGAUAAUCACAAGAAUUCCGAUUUGUACGCUCAAAGGGAGUACGUCCCUUACGGAUUGAUCAAUUAA